AUUAAAUAGAGAGACCAUGAGCGAGUUGUUCACUUGUGCUCUUAUGAGUCACGAAUCGCCUCGCGUCUCAGUCUCGCCUUCUCUCUCUGUUUCCAAUCCACCUUCUUUCUUCUCAGACACGGAAUCGUUCACUCCCCACAACUGGGAACUGGCCCACGCGGUGCAGUUCUCGGGGACUAAAGUGCGUUCACUGUUGGCCUGUGGCGAUGUGGUAUCAAUCCGGAGCACAGACCCAGAGGCUUCUAUGUCUGGACUGGUAUGUGUGGUGCGCGAGGAAUCAUUUGCCGAGACUAGCUCGACUAAAAUUGAAGCUGGAGUGUCAGUGUUGCGGUCUGCAAUUGAGAAUUGCAUCGACCCGUGCUUCAAGCCCAUCAGCAGCCAUUCCACCAGUGCUAAAUCGGCAACUACUGCCAAUAAGAGCAGUGCACUCAAGGUGAUAGUUGUGAAACUAGAUCGAGAUGCAUCUCAUACUUCCCAUUCUUCGUCGAGGCGAGCAAGUUUAGGGAGAGAAGAGUGUGUGACUAUAGGACUGGUUGAAGUGGUCAUAGCAGAGCAGUACACUUCGAGGGCGGACCAGUGGAGGUACAGACAGAGUUUGCUGGAGGAGCUCACUUCCAAAGGAGGAUCUAUAUUUCCCGGAAUGGGGUUCACAUAUGCCAAGAUGAACGCACAGAUCAAGUGUGUUUGGAGUGGGGAGAGACAAGUGUGCAGUGGAGUAGUGAAUGCACAGACCAAGGUCACCUUCCGCUCCUCCACGGCCAAGUGGUUCCUGUUCCUGCAGAUGAGUGAGGAAAUGUGGCACUUCGACCACACAGGGAACCUGCUGUUCGAGAAUGCAGUCGAGGGAUAUCUGAACACUCUGUUCCACCAGUGGACCACCCACAGAUGCACACACGAACUGAACCUCGUGCUAUUCUCAAGGACAUACUUCAAAGCAACGUGUUUGGAGGAUUUUCCAGAGCAAAUGAGAAGUGAAAUAAUGACCUGUGAUAGUAUGAAGAUGUCGCAAAAUAUAUUCCCGCAGACAACUCUAACGAAAGAUGACGACACAGAUCAAGCCAGUUUCAUUGACACCUGUGUGGAAAAGGAUUUGCUUGAAGCCUUGAAAGAUGAAGAGAAGGAUAAGUGGAGAGGUCUGAGUUAUUUGGGGGAGAGGACUGACUUCUACCAGGACUUCUUCCAGGUGGUGGCACUCGGAACCAGGAAGAACUACUCUGCUGUACUCAAUGCACUUCGAAAGGCUCUGGGUUGCUAUCGAGAGUCUGUGCUCCCAAAAAGUGUGAUCAGCAAAAAGACUGGUGAAGUUUUGCCUGUCCCGCCUUGUUUCAACUCUUCUGCUGACACUGGGAAUGUUCUAGAAGCUAUCAAUAUGGCCUUGAACAUUUUCUGUAAUCACUACAUUGACAGAAAUUUCGCCACUACAGGUCAGAGCGUUGUGGUUGUAAGUCCUGCGAGUGGCCUGUUUGAAGUGGAGAGGGAGCUAUCUCUCCUCACUAAGCAACGAAUGAUAGACUUCGGCAUCCGGGUGGACUUCGUCUGUCUGGGACCCCCUCCCCUCCAUAUCAGACCCCUCUUCAAAUUCACACGCCCAUCCGACGAGUUCUUCAUCCCUCUCGGCUUCACUCAGGUCCACUACUCCCCCAAGAUGAGUUCUACAGCGGCGCUGGCUGCCACUUUCAUGCGAAAUGACACUUUGCAUGCAGCCUUGACAAAUGGUGGGACUCUGCAGAUAGCACAUUCAGGCAGUGGAUCGAACGAUGAUGUCUGGGAAGAAUUAAGUGAGGAGGAAGAAUACAAUGGACAUUCGGUGAUUGACAGCAGUCAUUUAAACAAACUAAUCGCUGACCUCGUUUGUCCCUCUACGCCCAAUGCUCAGCCGCAAAUCGAUGUUGGAAGACAGAAGAAGCCGUCCCUAUCCGCUUUCAACUUCCACUCUCCCUCUGCUGUUGUGUGGGGAAACUAUGGGUCCAUGGAUGACCUGGAUACUCGCAGUAGUGCCGGAGGAGUGAAGCACUCCAAGAACGCCCCCUCCACCCCGGCGCCUACAGCCAUGUCAUCCACUCCCCCCUCUAACAGCACCUUGACAAGUGGAAUUAAUCACAUCCAAUCAUACAGGAGGAACAACCCGUUCUCGUUCCCCGCCUCAUCCGCAUCUAACAUGAAGAGUCAGAAUAAAGAAACGAAGCAGAGUCUGAACCCUCUGAGGUCAAUAGAAUCUCAGAAGGCAUUUCAGGAGUCGGCCAACAGGAGCAGAUGGGUGGAUUGCUACCCGAAGUCUAAAGAAGAUACCUCUGAAAAUUUGUCACCCAAGAAUAGCUCUCGUUUUUCAAAAAACCUGCAAGUUCUAUCGGAAUAUGGUGGGAACGGAUGUAGACUGUCGGGCUCCUCGCAAGUGUCGCCCAGAGUGAGCUUCCACCUACAAGAUGACAAUGACAUUGGACGGGUGGACAUGCAAAACAGCCUGACAGUUUCACUUGACACUAGGCCUAAGAGAACACGACAAGUGCAUGUGCAACAUCACACACAUACGACAUGCCACGUAGUGUCCAAUUCGAGUGGAGAAAAAGAAGACGCCAUGGGUUCCUUCUGCAUCUGCGAGGCAGACCAGAGUGUCCAAGUGGACUGGCCUCUCUUCGUGCAGCCAAGUUGUCUCCCAGUUACGACCAGCUUCAAACCUGACAAGAAGGAACUGGACCGUAAUUUCUAUUUGACAAAUUCGGACUUUGACCUGGAAAGUUGUUGCUCGGAAACCCAUAUGGCAGCCAGGCCUGAGCUGACUGUUCAGGAGCUUUACACUGAGCUUGUAUCCCAGAGGGUACUCCACGGGUAUCAAGUAAUAUCUGCCUCUUCGUCGCAUGCCAACGCCACUGCCGCAUCAUUCACGGCUAAUGAGACCCUGAACGCCCGUAGUUCCAGGAAUCAAGAUGUUGUGAUUUCUACAUUUCUCAGCAAAGGGAGCAGAUCUCAUCACGAAGUGAAGCGGAUUCGAGGCUACGAAUUGGACACAGUCAAGUGUGUACAGUUUCAGUUCAAGCCAAGCCAAUUUUCACGCGACUUGCCACUGGACCCGACGAAAUUGGCUCGAUGUGAGUACAAGUACCAGUUGAAACCUCUGGCAUCGCCAGUGGAGUGUGCUAGUCCCCACAUGCACACGUUCGAGCCCACUCGUAUCUCGUUUGGACUGGAGGACAUAGACAGUAUGAAGUGGGUGGCCAUAGACAACCACAUCAUGAACCACGAACAGUGUCCAUACAUAUUCGAGCAGAAUGGCGUCAAAUUUUGGAGGAGCAGGUUCUGUAUCUUGCCAGUGCUCAAGAAAUCAAACAGACCUGAGCUUGUUUACGACUUCCCACAGACCAGUAGGGAGCUACUUGAGUAUGUGCACAAGUUCUGUCGAAUCAUAGAGUAUCUGAACGGGAUAGACUUGAAGCGAAAGGGUGCCAUGAAUUUACGCCUACCACAAGAUCAGCAUACACUAUCGGGCCAUGUGCCUCAUUCAGACCCAGGGAGCAAGACUCAGACACAACCUGCUGCCAGUGAGGCUUCAACGCCCAAUGCGCAGUUGCCCACUAUCACACCGGUCGACCAUUCUGCUGGAAUAUCUAUAUCUGGCCAGUCAUGCACUAGUAUUUUUCCAUCUACACCGGAGAAGAGGCAAGAUGUAGAGCGGAGUCGGAAGAAGUCCAAACAGCAGAAUCCGGCGGGUGCCAGUGGUAGUGUAGACAGUAGCACCAGCAGCGCUAUUUUAGACAACCACGCUGUUACUCUAAACUCACCAAAUGCAGUGUUUCUGGAGUACAUGCUCAAAAGUAAUCAGGUCCCACUGUUCGACCUUUCCAAGAGCUUCAUGGAACCUGCGUUUGAAACACAUCUGAACAGUUCUUUCCUGGGAAUUGACGCCUGUCGAUGGGGUAUUAAGUUUCUCAAUGGAUCGCCGUCUGAGGAAGCAGUGGUUGAAAAAUUUCAAGAUCUUCUUGAGAAUUGUCUCAUUUAUCCUACUGUGAUAUUGGCCGAUGUAAUGGUCUCAGACGAUAAAAAUUACAAACUACCACCCAAACUAGACUGCGUUUCAAAGCUGUUCAUCCCAGGGUUCGUAUUCUACACUGUUGUCACUGCCCCCCAGUUGCCCGAAAUCAUUGCGCCGCCACGUCUUCCGAGAAAUGGGGAGCGCGGCAAGAGCAUACUGUUCAGCUGGGACACUUUUGAAGUGAUGACGUCUUGGUGUGAACAGAAUUCAAGUUGGAAUGAAAGUUUGAAUCUGACCAAUAGAAUUGAUAUAGCUUCUGACCUAUUGCAGAAGGGAUCCAUUCCAUCUGAGUCCAAAAAAAGUGACGGAGACAGAUCUAUAUCAAGUGAAAGCGAUACUUUAAAACUUAUGACAACGCCUCAUUGGGGCACUUUAAGAAGGAUCCUUCUAGAAACUUCGGAACAGGACAAAGAUAAAGACCAGGACCUGACGGGUUUGAAACUAAAUUUUGACUGGAAGUCGAGAAAUGCUUCGUUGGAAUUACCUGCAGUGAACAUAGCGUGUAAGAGUGUGGAUGGUAAAAGGCACAGUGACAGACACGAGUACUGCUUCUGUGCCUACAAUAUCCUCUACCAUCCUCUGGCUGCUUUCCAGAUGGAGUUCCAGUGGCUUGUAGCUAGUGGACCACUACUCUCAAACAUGAUCAAAGACCUUCAAAGAAAGUGUGAACAGAACCAGUUCAACCUCGUGCCAAUCCCGAUGGAUCCUUUUCCUUCCCUCUCCUCUGGGGAGACGAACAAACUCAGUCCUCUCGCUCGGGCCAUCUUCAUACCGCUGCUAUUGACACCGGGAAUGCUGACGAAAUGUGGGAGUUCUGGACCCUCACAAUUAGAUCCGGAUAAAAUUUUGGACAGUCCAGAUAUCCGUAUGCGUCUAAUAGUGCUGCAGAAGAAUAUUCUGUCCCGGUUUGGGUUCCUGCACAGUAGUUGCGUGUUGCCCAAGAGUCUUCACAGAGAGAGGAGUGAAGGCGGAUCGAUUGGAGACAACAGUCGCAAUAGAGUCGAACUCAACUCAGAUCCUCUGCAGUUCAUCCACGCCACCGGCUUCUGCUUCUGCUCAAUUCCAGAUUACUUGAAGUGUGAUAGAAUCACAUUGCAUCAUCAGACAACGCCCGAAGAAAAGACGGAGAAAGAUGGGGUUGCGUUGGGAUUUCACUAUGUGGUGAAUACUCUCUUCACUAGAAGGACGCUCACCAAACAACAGGAGGCAGAGACACUGUCAGUCGACAGACUCAUGCUCACCUUCGCAAAGUUCUGCCAGAAUGAGAACGAUUCUCUUGCGGAACUGGCAGCUACCACUUUUGAAACUUUUUAUCCAUCAAUUAGCAACACUUGAGAUGAAAAUUUCGAUCUGAAAUAAACUGAACACUAAACAUUGAAUAGUAUAUUUUU